AGGGCGCAGGAGUAAAAUGAAAUAAGAGAACAACAAAUAGGUGAAAAAGGUGCAUAUAAAAAUGGAAGUUCAUGAAGAUAAAAUGAAUCAGAUGGACACUGGCACUGAAGAUGUUAACUCUCAUUUAACUUGGAAAGAAAAGUAUGAACUUGCAGAUAGACAGUUGACAAAAUUUCGUCGACAGGCUGGAAAAGUCAGAGAGUUAUUAUCACAAAAAAUGACAGAAUAUGAGGCAAGAGUAACAGCUGCAGAGCAGAAGAGAGAUGAAACGUUAGAAAGGUUGGAGAAACUAGAAAUCGCAUGUCAGGAUAAAGAUGAAGCAAUUAAUGCCUUGCGAGAAAAAAUUGCAAGAUUGAGAGAAGAAAGGAACAAUUUCAUGUUGCUAGACGAAGAAAAAAUGGGGAAAAUUAAAGAAUGGGUGCAAGUGAAGUUCACUGAGCUCUUCCGGGAGUUGGAAAAAGUUAAAGUAGAACGAGACGAGCUUCAAAAAAAGUGUGAUAGAGAAUCCAAAAGAGCUUCGGAUUUUUCUUUUGGGUCACAUGCUUCGCAUUAUUAUGAGGAGGUAUUUGGGGAGCUUCUAGAUGACUUAAAAGAGCAGCAAGCCUCAUAUGAAUCUAUUAGCUCGUACUUGAUUAAAAAACAAGGUUCCGGAUCUUCUACUUCGUCAGGUGCACAUGCAAAACCGAAAACUGAACCUCCAGUCAUACCACCCCGCAGGGCGUCUAUAAGGGAAGAAAGCCGUUUUCUGAAUUCUAGCAAAUCAAAACCUACCACAUCAUUUCGUCCAAGUAGUCCUUCAUUUUUGAAACAAAUGUUUGAUUUAAAAGAGGAAGGGGCUGGAAGUUCUAUGCAAUCACUUAAUGAAGAAGUGUUAAAAAUGUCACUGGAUGAAGAAACAUCUGCAAGUUUACUGGGAGGAAAUUAUAAAGAACCCAUGUCACCUAUUUAUUUCACACUACAAGAAAUGGCAAAUGGCGGUGAAUUUAACAAAAGAGAUUCUGUUCCUGUCUUUUCGCUGCUGGAAGGGAAAGCAUCACAAAUAAGGAAACAACCUUUUACAGGUGAUACAUCAGAUUCUGAAAUUGAUGCCGACCAGGAUCAACGCACAGCAAAUAAUUUACCAAUAAGAAAGGUUAUAGCAACAGAACGUUCUGUAAAAGAAAAACCAGCACGAUCUGCAGACUCCUCACCAGAACCACAAAGACCACAACUCCGUACAUGUGCUUCCUUCACAGAACAAAAUAUGAGAGAGGAAACACUUGCCAAAGCUGGCUGGCUUACAAAACUUGGUGGACGCGUCAAAAAUUGGAAGAAAAGAUGGUUUACAUUGAUUGAUGGAAAACUUAGCUACUUUAAAGCUAGGGGUGAUAUGUAUCGAAAGCCAUUGGGUUGGAUAGACAUAAAGCAAGUCACUCAACUGACCAGAUCAGAACAACCACUUACUUUCGAAGUAACCACACCCGAACGGAUAUACUACCUGACAGCUGAUAGUAAAGAAGAAAUUGAUGACUGGAUGAGAGUUCUGCGAAAUGCUCUCCGGCGAUUUGGAGGAGCUCGACUUAUGUCCAGAGCAGGAGAAAAAACUGUAUUUUCUGGUUGGGUAACCAAGGCUAAAUGUGGCAUAUCCAAACAUUGCUGGGCAGUGUUAAAAGAAAAAUCAAUUCUCUUUUAUAAAAACGAAUUUGAACAGGGACCGAUUGGUGCUAUAAGUUUGCGAGAAAUUAUCAGUGUAAGUCCAGUGGAAAAAGAAAUAGCUCAGUCCGAUGCUGAAAAUGUGGACACUGAUGGAACAUGUCGUUUAAUGAUUCAAUGCUUAAAAGACAGCCAUCCAACAUAUUUUGUUGUUUCCAGCAGAUCUGAUAUGGAGUUAUGGCUACAUCAAUUACAACAAAUGUGCUCUGGGAAUGAUGAGAAUAAUGAAACAGAUUUUGAAACACUAGUUACAAAACUUAUGAACAUAGAUGGAGAUCCUGGUAGCAGAUACUGGCGUAACAAGAUGAUGAUUCACUCUAAGCAGUUGCUAAAAGAAAGUUUAACAAGCUUGCGGACAACAGAAUUAGAGAAGGAAGCAAUUAAUUUGUGGAAGAGCAUACAGCUAUUUUCAAAUACUCCAAUAAACGAAACUGCUAUUGAUUAUCAUAUCUCGCUGUCCCAAGAUAUCGUACAAGUUUGUCUCACUUAUCCAGAGCUUCAAACAGAGAUAUAUUGUCAACUAAUCAAACAAACUUCAAAAUAUCGCUCGAAACCUAAUACAGCUGGAUCGAACUACAUGAUGUCUAAUGAUUGGGUAGCAGAUCCUCGCCAAUCACAAUUAGGUACGAUCGAUCAACAGCCAGUCAGUGCGUUUGUUUACAUGCAGUGUUGGCAAUUAAUUGCGCUAUGCACAAGCAUCUUUUUGCCGAAGUUGAAGAUCUUGUGGCUGUUGAAAGCUCAUUUACACAGGAAUGCAAGCGAAAGCUCUGAUGUUGGACGAUACGCGAUCUACUGUCAAAGAAGCUUGGAAAGAACUUUAAAAAAUGGUGAACGAGAAACUAAACCAUCGAGAAUUGAGGCUUUAUCCUUAAUCGCCCGUAAUCCUUAUUUCCGAAUUUAUCCGAUGAGCAUUCCUGUUUAUUUUAUCAACAAUUCUUACCAGUUAUUCAGUUUUGAUGGUUCAACAACGGUGACUGAGUUUAUUUCAAGAAUAAACGAGGAGGUUGGUAUUCGAGAUAACUCCGAGAGUGGUUAUUCUUUGUUCACGGAUAAUCCUGUUGCGUCAAUAGAACAUUGCUUGCAGGGUGAUUUAAAGUUGUGCGAUGUUAUUUCGAAAUGGGAGCAAGCUUCACAGCAAUUGAAAACAGGGAGAGUUGAAAGAUCAAAAGCAAUCAAACUAACUUACAAAAAUAGAUUAUUUUUCAAAAGUUUGAUGAGAAGUCAAACAGAAAAAGAGAAACUGUUGCACGUAUUUCAGAUAAAUGACAAUUUAAGAAGUGGACAUCUGCUAUCCACACGUCAUGUUCUGUCGAAACUGACAGCCCUGCUCGCACAGAUUGAACUUGGAGAUUAUGUUGAUCAUUUUAAAUAUUUGGAAGACAUUAUUCAAAAGAUAUAUCCGAAGUACAAUUUUGUUGAAGAAGCAGCAAUGAAAAAAAAAAUCUUUAAGGAUGUAGCUGACGCGUGGUCGAGUUUGAAAGGGCGUUUGUUGAAAGAUUGUGUGCAUUCAUACAUCAGUAUUGCGCAGACCAUACCAUUUUACGGAUGCAAGCUAUUCAAAGCACAGGAAAAAUUUCAUCAGCAAACUGACGAAAAAGAAAAUGUUUGGUUGGCCAUCGAAGAAGAAAAAAUUCAGAUCUUAAAGAAAAACAUGGACCUUCUUAAAGUGUAUGCUUGGCAGAAUGUGGUUACAUUUGGUGGAUUUCAAGAAGAUUUUAUGUUAGUUGUUCAGCCGGACGAGAGUGCGCCUGAAAAAACCGAACGUCAUUUAUUCGCUAUGCCUCCAGGAAGAGUUUUAGAGGUGACGUUACUAAUUGCAAGUUACAUUAACGCCGUCGUGACGAGAUGCGGGAUCAAUCUCGACGUUAAAAGCAGCUCUUCUCUCUCACCCUUGCCCACGGAGACAUCGAACAACAAUGCAGCAACGAGUUCAGCCCUCAAGUUAGAAUAUGUCCAUUUGUGGGACAUGGAGACAGAGAAGUAAAAAUGAUAUAUAUUUUAUAUGUUAAUUAUAUUUUUUUUACUUUUUUAUAUUCAUUUUUAAUGCCUUUUUGUAAGCUUUGUAACAUAAAUAAAUGGCUGUUUUAUCGCUUUUUAUAUUUAAGCUUUUAUUUUUGCUCCACUUUUUAUAUUUAUUGAACUUUUUAAGUUUUGCUAAGAACUUGAAUGUUUCUGUGUUUUCACAAAUUCCAGCCUCGUAUUCAUAAAGUAAUUCUUGCUGAAAACUUAGAAUUUUUUGACAUCAAUUGCUUUUAUACGAAGUAUCUAGCAACGAACAAACGGAAGCACGUCUUACCACGGAUUUUCCAAGUUCGAUCCUUUUGGUUGAUAUUAAAUUAUAGCUUUGUUUUCAUCUUCUUAGAUUGUAUUUAGGUUAAAGAAAGAUCCUUGGCUCUUUGUAGCGUUUUUACCUGUGAUAUCAAAACUGACUCCACACAAGAAAAUUUACGACAGUUGUACUUACAACUAGUCUACUUACCACUUUACCUCGCAAAUUUAAUUUUUAGACUUACAAUUUUACCGUGAAAGGUUUUGCUUAUAUAACUUUUCAUAGUCCAGUUAAUUUACUGCAAUGAACUUAUUGAAACGAAUUAAUAUAACUAUACCCCAGGAGAGAAUAAUUUUUCUAAGAUUUACUUGCAAGGAUAAAAACAUUGUAGAAUUUGCGAAACACUUUUAUCGUGGCAGAAGUUCAAUUUUGCCGAUUUUGAUGCAGUCGUGAAAAGAUUUUUCUUCAAAGAUAAUGGAUAUUUACAUAUAUAUAUUUAUAUAAAAUGUUUUAUUUUCAAAAUUAACCACCAGAAUUUGUAGAGGUGAUUGUAUGAAAUAUAUUUUAUAAAUACACCAACAUC